UCUCUCUCUCUCUCUCUCUCUCUCUCUCUCCAGACAGGAGAGUUGACGGGAGGUAAUCCCCUCCAUGUGAGGAGGCGGCACGGGUGCGGAGGCGUGUUGUUUUUCAUUCAAAUCCUUACUAGUCCUAUAAAAAGCGGAACUCGGAGCUAGAAAGAAAGAGAGAGAGAGAGAUAGAGAGAGAGAGGGAGUGAGUGAGAGAGAGAGAGAGACAGAGAGAGAGAGAGAGAGAGAGAGAGAGAGAGAGAGAGAGAGAGGGUAAGCGCGCAGAACGACACGGCUGUAUCUGUGGGGAUGGAGAUGCUGCAUGGAUCCGCAGGUGUCCAAACGGCGCUGAAAAACGCCGCCGUGUGCGUAAUGCUGCUUCCGCGCUUCCUUCUCGCCGCCGUGAUGCUCUGGCUCCUGGAUUUCUUGUGCAUCCGGAGGAAGGUGCUCACGAAGAUGCGCGAGAGCGACCCGAGCAGCCCCGACGAUCCGCCGCUCUGCGUGUCCGACUCCAACAAGAUGUUCACGCUCGAGUCGCUGCGCGCCGUCUGGUACGGCCACAAGCUGGACUUCUUCAAGACGGCGCAUCUGGGUGGCGCGGCGCCCAACACCGAGGUGGUUCCGCUGGACAGCGCGUCGCGGAGGGGCGAGCAGCGGAUCCUGGACUACGCCCGCGGGAGAAGACCCCUGAUCCUGAACUUUGGGAGCUGCUCCUGACCGCCGUUCAUGACGCGCCUCGCGGCGUUCCAGCGCGUCGCGCGGCAGUACGCGGACAUCGCGGACUCGCUUCUGGUGUACAUCGAGGAAGCGCAUCCUUCAGACGGCUGGGUGAGUUCCGACGCGCCUUACCAGAUCCCUAGGCACCGCUGUCUGGAGGACCGGCUCCGCGCCGCGGAGCUCAUGAACCGCGAGGCGCAGGGGAGCGCCGUGGUCGUGGACACCAUGGAGAACUCGUCGAACUCGGCGUACGGCGCCUAUUUCGAGCGCCUCUACAUACUGAAGGACGAGAAGGUCGUGUAUCAAGGCGGCAGGGGUCCGGAAGGCUACCGGAUCUCGGAGCUCAGAGACUGGCUGGAGCGCUACCGGAGCGAUCUGGAAGCUUCUAAAGCGGCGACGGUGGUGCACGUCUAAGGCGGACGGACGCGCGGAUGUUGUCUUUCCCUCGGCCCCGCUCUCCCCUGCUGAAAAAAACAAACAAAACAAAGCCACAAAACGGACACCAUCACGAAACGCGCGCGCUGGGUGUUUUAGCACACGUACGUCUGCGAGACGGCGCUCUGGAACGCGUCCGCCGGGCACGAGCACCUGAAAGAUGCACGCGUCUCUAACAGACGGGGUCUAAGAGAAAACAUCACGUAGACGAGAACGCACUAAACAUGUCUUCCAGAUGUCAAACAGACGUCUCCGUGAUGUACGUGUGCUAUCAGGGGAUUGAUUGGGAGUUUUUAAUGGAAACGGUGAUGGACCCUGUGGGUUUCUGCUGGUAAUUAGUCACCUUUUAUUGGUGGCUUGUUAAAACCAUUCAGUCCUAAUGGAACGCGUCCCUAAACGCUCUACAGAAAGCCGUCUUUUAAGGGUUCUCACGGUUCAAAGUUAAGGGCUUGUGAGGAUAUUUCUGUGAUGGCUUCCAUCGCUGUAGGGUUUGUUUUGUUUUUGUUUGGGGGUUUUUUUGUUUUUUUUUCAGCAGGGUCGUGUCCUUAGCAUCGAGUCGCCGGCCGCGUUUCAAACGUCCACUUUCAAGUGAAGGCGCUCACUCUCUCGAGGCCCGGCGCUGCAGGUAGGGCCGGGGCGAAGUCGACCGCAUUGAUAAUCGUUUUUUUUGCGCGAUGCAACGUUUAAUUCAUUGGUGUGCGUUAUAUUUCUAGCACAAAAACCUAAAGGCAGCACGAAAUCGGUUUUUCGGGUCCCACCGCAAUCCGGGAAAUACUCUGAUAACUAAAUUUCGCAAUCGAUCAAAUUAAAUACGUUGGACGGGAGUAAAAAUAAAGUUCGUUGUGCGAGUAAAAGCCACUGGAGUGGAUUAAUUGAAAUCUAUUGACGAGAAACACGUUUUCUUCACCCUAGUCUGAAAAAGCGCCUCGUGAGAAAACGAGUUUUUUCCCUGCAGUGUCUACGUUUUUUCUUUUGGUUCCACACAGAACCUUUACCGGCCUCAGAAGCUCUUUAAGGCUCUUUAGAUCAUUCAGACGUUCCUCCGAAAUCGAAUAACUUUCCAGCCGUUUCGAGCGGAAGGCCUCUUCCGUGGCACCUUCAUUUGUGAGCGCGGCGACUCGAUGUUUUUGCGAAAACGUUCCACUAUAGCUUCUACAGAUCGUCUCGGUCUACACGUUCUCAGCUGCAUCGAGAUGUUCUUCACGGAGCGUGCCUCGAGCCGGGCUCUUCGGCCGGGGGUCCAUGCAAAAAGCCUUUUCCCAGGCGACCUACCGACGAAAACGACGUUCGGUUGCGCCGAGGAAAGCGUCGCACACUUCACUUUUUUCACAGCGUGGACCCCCGGGGGCCCGCCAAGGCACUCCAGGAGAAAACCGCCUGGAUUCUCGAUCUGGUGUCUUUAUAUCGAAGUCAUUAGCUGUGUUCAAAACUAAGUGACCGCUCCGUGCACUUCUCACGCCGCAUACGUCUCUUUAGAUCACUUUAGGGAACGCCGUAGAUGGCCCUCCGCGUACAGCGGCGAUCGAAAGCGGCCUCGAGAACUAAAAAACACGAACGGAUUCAAGCGUUCGAAAGCACGGCCUGAUAUUACGGCCGCCGUUAAAACGCUCGGAGGAUAAAGCCUCUUGCUCGCCCGGUUUUGAACACAGCCGUCAAGUCAGUGUCUUCAGCUGCUGCUAUGGUCAAACACAAUACUGCAAACGCUGGGUUUUAGUUUCAUGCAUACGGUCAUCUAGACAGAUGUUUAUGUUGUCAGUGGCCAUGCGACCGCAUGAUAGCUGUUGUGCUUCGUCUCCGUUCUUUAGGCCUACUUGUUUUAUGUCAAUCCAACCUGGCAUUUUAUUUGAGGUAUUGCAGAAACGGUAUAUCUAUCUAUCUGAAAAACAUAUCCUAUUUUAUUUUUGUAUGGUAUCUUUCCCUUGUGAGCGUGUGUGUGUGUGUGUGUGUGUGUGUGUGUGUGUGUGUGUGUGCGCGGCCAGGAGGCCCUUUCAUUGUACUCUGGAGUUAUUGUGAAGAUCGGUUUUUAAAAGGAUUUUAACCAGAAAACCGAUACUGAUGUAAUUUGACACUAGAGUACAGGACGGAGAAGCGGCCUCCAGACGUAUUGCCAAAUGUUGUUUUGUAAAUGGUGUAUAUUUUAUUGAACACUUUUUUUAAAUAAAUGGUAGAGCACCCUCUA